CUGUGGCACAUAACAUGACCAUGCCUAAUAAACUGCUGAGGAUCAAAGAUGACGGGACUCUGCUGUACACCAUGAGGUUAACUGUGCAUGCAGAGUGCCCAAUGCAUCUGGAGGAUUUCCCCAUGGACUCUCAUUCCUGUCCACUAAAAUUUGGCAGCUAUGCCUACACAAUCUCAGAGGUGACUUACGCUUGGACUCGCAAUGCUUCCGAGUCUGUUGUAGUGGAAGGAGAAAGCUCUCGGCUGAACCAGUACGACCUGCUUGGGCAAACGGUCGGACAAGAAACCAUCAAAUCGAGUACAGGUGAAUAUACAGUGAUGACGGCUGAAUUCCAUCUGAAGAGGAAGAUUGGCUACUUUGUUAUCCAGACUUACCUCCCAUGCAUCAUGACAGUCAUCCUUUCCCAAGUGUCUUUCUGGCUGAAUAGAGAAUCAGUGCCAGCUAGGACUGUGUUUGGUGUAACUACUGUUCUCACAAUGACAACUUUGAGUAUCAGUGCAAGGAACUCCCUGCCUAAGGUCGCCUACGCCACUGCCAUGGACUGGUUCAUUGCCGUGUGCUACGCCUUCGUCUUCUCCGCUUUGAUUGAAUUUGCUACUGUCAAUUACUUCACAAAGCGUGGCUGGGCUUGGGAUGGAAAAAGCGUGGUGACUGACAAGAAGAAAGAGAGAGCCUCCAUCGUCAAGAAGAAUAACGCCUACGCUGUAGCAGUAGCCAACUACGCGCCUAAUGUGACCAAGGAUUCCAGCACUCUUCCCACCAUCGCCAAAGGCGGAGCAACGGACCCAAACAAGCCCAAAGCGGAUGGCAAGGCCCAAGAAAGCAAGAAGACCUUCAACAGUGUCAGCAAAAUUGACAGGUUGUCACGGAUUUUGUUUCCUGUUCUCUUUGGCAUCUUCAACCUCGUCUACUGGGCAACCUACUUAAACAAAGAACCCGUUAUACCAAAUAUGGUCCCCUCUGUUUAAGAGACCAAUUUUGAUAGCUUCUUGUCUGGGGUCUAAGUAAUGAAUCAAAUACCUCCAGCAACUAUGUACACAAACCUUUGCAGAGUGAAGCCCUGGACUGCAGUGUGACCCUCUAUCUUCGCCUGUUUUCUACACUGUCUGCAGCACUUUUAAGAGCCCGGCUUUUUGUAAAUGUGUAUGUAUAUUUAUAUUUAUGGUUUCAUGGUGACAUAUAUUGUACGAUGACUCUAAUUAGAGUGCAUAUUUCUUUCAAAGUAUGUUUCCAGUUUCACUACGUGGCUGCUGUACAUACAGAUCCAAUGAAGAGUAAACACAUAAUCACUAAGAAUCACGUUUGAUUUCGGAUCACUUCUCAGUGUGUUGAAUUCUGCUGUAAUGCCCACUUUCUUGAUAUAACAGUAUAUAUUUUUGUCUCGAGUGAAAGGGACUGACUAUCGUUUGAUUUCUUUCUUCAUAUAAGAGUCUUUCAACUCUUUUUUUUCUUUAUUUCCAAGCCAAUGCAAAAACACACUUGUAUAGUACUGUUACAGUUUAAAGCUUGUUUUAUUAUCUUUGACUACAGGUAUGGGGCUUCAAUAAAAAAAAAAGAAAGAAAAAAAUCUCCAAAAUUAUCGAAACACUCCCAGAUCAUGAAAGGCUGUGAAAAGAAAUAGAUAUAAAAUGAGAAUGUGUGGUUCUGCCAGCUCGAUGUACCAUUUGGGAUUACAGGACAAUAUCGCCAAAGAAACAAACGAUACACUAUAAAAAAAGACAUAUUUCCCAAAGGUUGUGCAUGUGUAAUAUAUGUGUAAAAAAUGGGAAAACUUCAGAACUAGCUAUACCCCAGAAAAAAUAAUUUAUGUACAACAAGAGCAGAUAAAUGGAUUAGUUUUAGAUCUCCAAAAGGGAACAGAAGAAUUCAAAAUUACCCAUAAAAAUAAUUUUCUCUGGCCAUCAGGGUGCGCAGAUGACCCCACAAAAAAUAAAACAGAGCGGACAGAAGUGUUGCUUUAAGUGGUAUUUAUGCUUCUGUGUUAAAUAUACGCUGUUGUUACGUUGUAACAGCAAACACUUUAUGAACUUGCACCUGAUGUGGACCUACCUAGAACUGCUAUUACAUGUUGUGUUAAUGCAGCCUGCUACAACUAUUCUUGGCCUUCUUUUCGACUCUAAUCGGCUCAAGAAUGUCCAACUAGUGUUCUGGCAGCAAAGCUGCAGAGUAACGCAGGCACCCUGCCACAAGUGUAAAUGCUGGCAAUGACAAACACGUGAAUUGUAUGGGGUUCCAAAUAAGUUACGCCAUAUUUGGAACCCCGUUUUAACCCUUCACAGCAAUCCAUGUAUGUAACUACACGUCAGGUUGCUGCAUAACGCAAUGACUUGACUGGCAUGGAAGGUUGCAGAGUAGGGAUAAAAGGGGUUUUCGGUUACUACGGACGUUAGGACGUCGAUUUCCCGCGGAAGUCUAAAUCAUGCUUUAGUUGUAGGCUCUGCAGAGAUUCAACACAGAAGUAUAAAUCUAUAAUGCUAGCAAACACUUUGCCUAUUUAAACACCAGCAGAAACUAAACAACAUGAACAUUCAUUUUUUAAAAUGUAAGUUGGAUGUUUACUCACCUUUUUGUUCUAUUUUAGUCUCUUCUGAGUCCUUCCAUUAAAAAAUAUAUAUAUGAGAUGUCAGUUAUAGGCAGGAGACUGUUUCACAGAAACACCAACAAGCUAAUACCAGAGUAUUUAUUUAUUCACGCCUUUAUUACUUUACUUUUAGUUUAGUACAUGUAUUUAAAAUCAGGGGUAAAAUCAGAAUAAUUUCAUGGGUUUAUUGUUCUUGUAUAAUACAAAUGCUCAUGUAACUCAGUCUUUAAAGUUAGGGAAGUAUCUUGGUGGUGGUUAAAAUCCUGCAAAAAUGUCCUUUGAUCUGUGAACAGUAAGAGGAUGCUGGACUCCAAGAAUGAGAAAAAUGUAUUGUUAAACCUGUUUUGCUCGAGAUAUGAUUGCUUUCCAUCUCUGUCAUGAUUACUGUAUAUUGUGUGAGAAAAGUCAUGUUCAGCCCCAUAUCAGCAGUCAUACAUGAUACUCUAAGGUGUAAGUUUUUUCAUGACGUGAUAUACUUUUUCUUCACAUGGGUAUUUUAACUUAAUUUCUCUUGAUUUGUUUGUUGAAACAAACUUUGCAUGGAGACAAAAUCUAUGAUUUUUAUGAUUUAUUUUCAUUAUGUCGUUGGCUAUAAUUCAUAUUUCUCCAACAUCCUGACAGAGUCUUAAACAUUCCAGAUAAAGGGAUUGUUCAGGUCCAGGUGGAUGCUUGAUUCAGUGCACUUUUUAAUAAAACACAUAAUUUCAGUUCUUUAUAUCUGGUCUUUGUCCUGACUUUGGAGACAAGAACAUAAAUAAAGAGAAUGAACUGCG